CCAAAAGGGAAGUAACCUUGUGAAGGACCCUCAUAGAAACUGGGAGAGAGGAAAAACCUUUUAUAUUCUCACAGAUUUUUCUCAGUGUUAUUUGGAUUAUGCAUAUCUGUGCUUUCCACUUCACUGGACCUGGAUGCAGGAUCUAGCCAGCCAGAAUCCAGCAAGUCAGCUGGUCCUAUCAGUUUACCCCAAAGGGUCUUUUUUCCUCCCUUUUUCUCUUCUAUUUGUUUGAAAUGCCCAGAUGAGCAAGCAGCUGAAGCAAGAGGCAGUCGGUCAGCUGCAUAGUGAGCACAGGGGACCAGGAGGACCGUCAGUAAAGUACAGGCAUCUUAAAAUAGAAAUAUAAAAGGAGGAGAGGAGGAGGAGAGUGUUGUGUGGCAGAGCUGUGGUAUGCCCUGCUCUGUGCCUAGCAGUAGCAUGGCCGUGAUACAGGAGAAACAGAGGGAGACCCCCAGCAAGAAGCCAGUAUCCCAAGAAGACAGAAAGGGUCUUUCUACCAGAGAUAAUCAAGACAACCAGAAGGACAGCAGAUCCGGGAGACAGGGAGAAAAAGGCAAUGACGACAUGAAGCCCCGUAAUUCAGAGAAGAGGAGAGCAGUCAUAUGUGUCCCUGCCUCCAUCAAAUCAGCUGUGAUCAGUAACAACACAAGUAGCCAUGGAAACCCAGCAGGCCCACAGGCACUGAAGGUUGAUGAGAGACUGAGACUAGCGAAAGAGCGGAGGGAGGAGCAUGAGAAACAACUUGUGUCCAGAGAGCUGGGCUGGUUGGCUCGAGAGGAGAGGGCCAGGCGUCUCUAUGAACAACAGCUGGAGGAGAGGAAGAGGAGGCUACAGGAGCAGAGAGAGAAGGAGGAGAAGAGGAGGACUGCUCUGGAGCGGAGGGAGGAGCAUCAGAAACAGCUUGUUUCCAGAGAGCUGGGCCGGUUGGCUCGAGAGGAGCGGGCCAUGCGUCACUAUGAGCAGCAGAUGGAGGAGAGGAAGAGAAGGCUUCAGGAGCAGAGAGAGAAGGAGGCGAGGAGGCGCACCGCCGUGGAGGAGAAGAGGAGGCAGAGAAUGAAGGAGGAAUCAGAGCGCUAUGAGUCUGUGGUGAAGAAGACCUUGGAGAAGAGCCAGAGGAUUAAGCAGAGACUCAGCCAGGGCUCUCGAGGAAGGAAGACCGACAACAAGAGCGCUCCUCGCCGCUCCCCCCUGACUGCCUGGGAGAGGGCUCUGGUCAGUCGCCUCCUCACCCCGACCUGCUCCUACCUAGCCAGGAGCAGGAGCAGGAGUCAUAAUUGUCAGUCAAGAGAAGAAGAAGUUGUCCAUAUUUGUCCCCGUUCAGUUUCAUGCCACUCCAUGCCUGCCACUGCCACCAACUCUCACAAAUCACCACGCCGCUCUGGCACAACUGACCACCACCUGGUGCAGGCAGACCUCCGGACAGACUACCGGGCUGACUACCGGUCUAUCAUCCAGGCAAACUACCAGGUAGCCACCUCCCCCAGUCCCAGCCGUACAAGCCAUAGAUCCAUCAAUGCAGCACAGUUAAAAGCAGCACAGCAGGAGGAAAAUGAGAGGACGGCCAGGAGGAAUACUCAGCAGCCUUACAUACCCAAUGCUCCCUUGAAAGCAUUACCCACAAACCCACUACCCAACACUGGCGUGAAAGUGUUACCCACAAACCCACAGUGCAGCGCAACAGUGCCCUCCCCAGAACGCAAACCUGUGAUCAGACACACAUCUGUGAUCAGACAGCCCCUAUCACAGCAGUUAGAGCUGGAACUGGACCCUGUACCAGAGGAGGACACGGUUCCAGUCCCCGACCCUACCCUCUCCCCUGGUAACUCACAGGCCAGCCAGACCAUCUCUCCUGGGGCUCCAGUCCCCAACCCUACCCUGUCCCCUGGGAACUCACAGGGCAGCCAGACCAUCUCUCCUGGGGCUCCAGUCCCCAACCCUACCCUGUCCCCUGGGAACUCACAGGCCAGCCAGACCAUCUCUCCUGGGGCUCCAGUCCCCAACCCUACCCUGUCCCCUGGGAACUCACAGGCCAGCCAGACCAUCUCUCCUGGGGCUCCAGUCCCCAACCCUACCCUGUCCCCUGGGAACUCACAGGCCAGCCAGACCAUCUCUCCUGGGGCUCCAGUCCCCAACCCUACCCUGUCCCCUGGGAACUCACGGCCCAUCAGGACCCCAGCUGCGGUGUGGGACCAGGUCCAACCAUUCCUACACUCCCCAGAACCUCAGACUCAGAGAGAAACCACACUUAGUACUGAAGGCAGUGCAGAUGAGGGUGAGCAUCUGAAAGUGAAAGCCCUCCCUCCUGGAGCCACUCCCAGCCCAAGGCCCUCUGCUGGCACCAUGGACCCAGAGGAGGCCUCACGUCUCCUGGCCGAGAAGAGGAGAGAGGCCCGCCUGAAGAGAGAGAGAGAGGAGGAGGAAAGCCUGCGCAGGGAGGAGUUUGAGAGGCGAGGCAGAGAGGAGCUGGAACGCAGGAGGGUAGAGCAGCGAGCACGGCUAGAGGCUGAGGCCAAGUGGCUGGUAGAGGAGAGGAAGAGGAGGGAGGAAGAGGAGCAGAAACAUGCAGAGGAGGAGAGAGCCAGUGCAGAAGAAGAGAAAGCCCUCAGAGCCAUGCAGGAAGCUGCUCUCCUCCAGAAACAGAGAGAGGAGGAGGAGACCCAGGCCAGGGAGAAGGCAGAGCAGCAAAGGCUGGAGAGAGAAAAACACUUCCAGGAGGAGGAGGAACAACGACAGGAGAGAAAAAAGCGACUGGAGUUGAUCAUGAGGAGAACUAGGAAAGAAAACUCCAUCCCAAAGAAGCCUAUCCUGAAUGGGAACUCAAACGGUAACUCUUCCUCUCCAGAGGAAGCCCAACCAAAAGAGAACACUGAACCUGUUAAGAAUAUCAAAGGCACUUUAGAAGAGGUCGGGACAGGGACCAAGCCGUCCAAGCUAGGUCUUUGUGACACAGAAGACAUGGUUCCUGUUGUGGCCUUCAAAGAACGCAGGUCCCUGAGAACUCUGACAGGCAUGGAGGAGAUCCAGUCCCAUCAGCGAGCAGAAGUUAUCUGAGUAUCGUACAGAUCAAAGAGGGGAGACAACCCAUCCAAGAAUCUUUCCACAGCUGUGGUGUUUUUUCCUUUCAUCAACAAAGAAAAAAAUAACUGCACUCUUUUUCCUGUCCUGCACUUUGAGAGAGCGCAUGUGAAACCAACGCACACUCCUUUUCCCUGGAACACUUUCCUAUCUCGGAGUCGAUCACCACCAUGUGAUGUGAAACCAACGCACACUCCUUUUCCCUGGAACACUUUCCUAUCUCGGAGUCGAUCACCACCAUUUGGUCACGUUUCUCUUUAAUCCAAAGUGGCACGAGCUGCAUGUGGUAUCACUAUCUACAUUCUACCACACUGGACAUGGGAGCUUGUUUGUUCAGUGUUUCUGCAAUGACUGUCUUAUCUAGUCUAAAUGAGGGCUCAGGCCGCAUAGCUGUAGAUUUAAACUGUGAUAAAAAUGAGUUUGCUUCGGUGGGAGUCAGCAAUCGAUUGUGAAAAGAUGUAUUCUCUCUCUGUUUCACAAUUCAUGACUGAUGUUUUUAGUCAUGUGCUUUAGCUUAUUCCCGAAGCGUUGACUAAAGCACUUUGCCUUGCAGAUAGUAGGAUAGUUUGUGUGUUGGAACUUGUGUACUAGUCUCAGAAUAAAAGCUUUAGUUUUGAGUUCAAAUAAAGAUCACUUUGUCUGACUUUCCCUAUUUUUGUGGAAUAUAUAAAUCUGCUAUUGAACUUAUUUUCAGAAUAGUUACAGUACAUGUGUGGUUUAUAGUACUAUACUCACUCGUGGUUGACCACUUGCAAAGUUUUUUGGCUGUCCCCUUCUUGGAAAUUGUGCAAUCAUUUUAGAAAACAAAUUAUAAAAAGAGUCUGAAGUGUAAAAUGUAAGCCUGUUUAUUAAAAUGUACAAAAGUGUAAAAACAAAUAAAGAAAUGCGCUGAU